AUGGCGCCGGUGCGGAUUGCCGUCGAAGGCUGCGGCCAUGGUAGCCUCAACGACAUUUAUGAGACUGUGGAUCGCAAGGCCGCCGAGAAAGGCUGGGAGUCUGUCGAUCUGGUCAUCAUUGGUGGAGAUUUUCAGGCUCUGCGUAAUGCUAAUGAUGCGACUUGUCUUUCGGUUCCCGACAAGUUCAAGCAAAUCGGUGAUUUUCAUGAGUACUACAGCGGGGAUCGUGUUGCUCCCUAUCUGACACUGUUCAUUGGAGGCAAUCAUGAGGCGAGCAAUCAUCUGUCCGAGCUUUAUUACGGCGGUUGGGUGGCCCCCAACAUCUACUUUAUGGGCGCGGCCAAUAUCAUCCGCUUUGGACCUCUCCGAAUCUCCGGAAUGUCAGGCAUCUGGAAGGGCUACGACUACCGUAAGGCCCAUUUCGAACGGUUGCCCUACAACAGAGACGAUGUUUCUUCCGUCUAUCAUAUCCGGGAGCUGGAUGUGCGCAAGCUACUUCAAGUCCGAACCCAAGUCGAUAUUGGUCUGUCUCACGAUUGGCCCAAGGGGGUCGAGAAACAUGGAGACUAUGGAACCCUGUUCCGCAAGAAGUCAGGCUUCAAAGCCGAUUCCGAUUCAGGAAAGCUCGGAAGUGUGGCUGCACGUGAAGCUCUUAAUCAUCUGCGGCCCGCUUAUUGGCUUUCAGCCCAUUUGCAUGUUCGUUUCACUGCAAAGGUGCCCCAUAGCCCACCUCGCGCAAAGUCCAACCCCCUGAGUCCCCACAGUCCUGUUGAUGUCACCGAUCCAAAUGAGACCAACCCGAUUCCACGCAGCAAUCUCAACACCAGAACCCUUGCUGGUCACGGAUUGCUUGGCACUGCAACCGGAGACGAGCAGUCUCGCAUCAAGGCUUGGAAUGAAUUCGGAGAUAAAGCCCGACGGGCUGAGAAGGAGAAGCGCGUUCACGACGACUUCAUGCGUCUGAUCAGAGAGAGACAGCCGAAAGCUUCGCGGAACAUUACAUUCGACGAAACAGCCAAAAUUGGCGGCGGCCCCAUUCAGAAUUUUGUACGUGGUGCCGAUGGAGAAAGGCUUGAGUCCGCCCCAGUCGAUGGUGGGAACGUUGAAAACCUCGACAAAGCCAGCCAGGGAAACAGCCCUGUGGAUAACUCGCCCGAGGAGGUGGUCGCUCAGCAGGAAUCUUCGUCGCUCGGUAAAACAACCGAAGAUAUCCAGACGACCAAGCAGGUCAGGACGACCAAGGAAGUUCAGGCGACCAAUGAUGUCGCUGACAAUAUUGACAAAAUUAGCAUCUCUACAAGCCCAAGCAGUGCCGCAAGCGCAAAGUCUCCUCCAGCCGAGAAGGCUCUUCCGAAAGCCGACAUCUCUCUGAAUUGGGGUGAUGAUCGCUCUCCAGAUCCUUGGUGGAACGACGGUGUCGAUGAUCGGGUUCACGAAGUCGAAACCGCCCUCCCAACCAGCCUUGAGCAGUCGUCUCAACCCAAACUUGUCUCCAAUCGCCCUGUCCAGGAUCUCCCGACCCCCGAGAAUAUUAAGAACCUUGCGACCCAGUUCCUGACCUUGGACAAGCCGCACAACCACGAUGAUUUUGUUGAACUGCUGGAGAUUGAGCCAAUCUCCGAACAGGCUGCUGCGUUGGAGUCUCCCCUGCGACUCCAGUACGAUAAGGAGUGGCUGGCCAUUCUUCGUGCCUUUGCUGACGAACUUGAGUUUGGUGGAAACCCCAAUGUUCCUGUCCCUGCCCAUAAGGGAUAUGAGUACUACCAACAGCGUAUCGCUGAGGAAGAGGAUUGGGUAGAGGAGAAUGUUGUCAAAGCCGGAUUGUUGAAUGUCCCCACUGACUUUGUUUUGACUGCCCCCGUUUAUGACCCUCUUGUUUCAAUCAACACCCAUGAGCAGCCGAGGGAAUACAGCAACCCGCAGACCACUACCUUCUGCAAUCUGAUCGGGAUUGAGAAUAAGUUCGACAUGAGCGAGGAAGAACGCCAGGCUCGCAUGGAAGCUGGCCCUCGCCCCGAAGCCCCUCGUCAGCACUUCCAGGGCAACCGUGGUGGUCGUGGUGGACGAGGCGGCCGUGGCGGACGUGGUCGUGGAGGUCGUGGUCCUGGGCGCGGUGGCUAUAGUGGUCGUGGCGGGCGUGGAAGCUCAGGCCCCCCGGCCCAGGGCGCCGAUGGCUGGUAA